UGGUGUGUUUUGUAGAGGAAGUUUUGUUUUGCGAGUUUUCCGUCCCUUUCGACUGACUGGGUACUUAGUUAAUGCACUUAAAAGACCCCGAAAUGAUAUAAGUGUGAAUCGCAUUACCGUUAACCGUUAAAGUGUUCAAGGUGAGGACAAAAACCGGUGUUGUUUGAAACGGCGGAUCUCCACUCUUCAGAGUAACCCGAGAGCACCUUCCUGCUAAGCUAACGUUACCUAGCUAGUUAGCGCGGAUAGCUUUUGGGUCUGGUUUGCGUCCUGUUUAAGGGGCUCUCCGAGCUAACGAAGCCAUGGGGAACCGGGGCAUGGAAGACCUGAUUCCCCUGAUCAACAAGCUUCAAGACGCAUUCAGCACCAUUGGUCAGAGUUGUAAUUUAGACCUUCCUCAGAUUGCGGUGGUCGGUGGACAGAGCGCUGGGAAAAGCUCAGUCUUGGAGAAUUUUGUCGGCAGGGACUUUCUUCCACGUGGAAAUGGCAUUGUUACCCGAAGACCUCUCAUUUUGCAGCUGGUCAAUAAUACCGCAGAAUAUGCUGAAUUCCUGCACUGCAAAGCGAAGAAGUUUGUGGAUUUUGAUGAAGUGCGGUCGGAAAUUGAAGCAGAGACCGAGAGGAUAACAGGCGCCAACAAAGGCAUCUCUCCCAUCCCAAUUAACCUGAGGGUCUACUCCCCCAACGUGCUGAACCUGACCCUGAUCGACCUCCCGGGAAUGACUAAGGUUGCCGUUGGAGACCAGCCCGUAGACAUCGAGCACCAGAUCAGAGACAUGCUCCUGCAGUUCAUCACCAAGGAGAGCUGUCUGAUCCUGGCCGUCACUCCUGCCAACACCGACCUGGCCAACUCGGACGCUCUGAAGAUCGCCAAGGAGGUCGACCCACAGGGUCUGCGUACUAUUGGUGUUAUAACAAAGCUGGACCUGAUGGAUGAAGGGACGGAUGCUAAGGAAAUCCUAGAAAACAAACUCCUACCACUGCGUAGAGGGUACAUUGGUGUGGUGAACCGCAGUCAGAAAGACAUUGAUGGGAAGAAGGACAUUCGUGCCGCUCAGGCAGCAGAGAGAAAGUUCUUCCUGUCUCACCCCGGCUACAGACACAUAGCAGAGCGUAUGGGCACACCACAUCUACAGAAGGCACUCAACCAGCAAUUGACCAAUCACAUCAGGGACACUCUGCCUGGACUGCGCAGUAAAUUGCAGAGUCAGCUCCUUUCCCUGGAGAAGGAAGUGGAGGAAUACAAGAACUUCCGUCCAGACGACCCAACACGCAAGACCAAGGCCUUGUUGCAGGGGGUCCCUGGUUACCUUAACAGCACACUUCAUGACGAGCGCGGUCAGCUCGGACACCACAAGGUCCACACAUUUGAGGCUGGGCUCUUUGAGUUUGAGGAUCUGCUUUUUGACUAUCGCCUCGAAAGCCAGGUCAGGGGUGAAGAGCCCCGUUCUGAAAGGAAGCUGUUGGCUAAGUUCUGGGUCAGCGUACCCUCUCCCACACCCCCAUGUCGCCCCCUGCCCCGUGUCUCGGCUGGGUCGGGAUAUGCCAGACACCUGCAGUACCUUGUUGGUGCACUGCCUGACUGUGUUGAUGAGCUCCUGAAUGACCAGAUCGAUACAUUUGAGACAGGGCGUUUUCAGCUUAACGAUCUGCUUUUUCACGAUGACCUCAAACGCCAGGUGAUCAGGAAAGGCUGGUUAACCAUCAACAUCAGCAUCAUGAAGGGAGGCUCCAAGGAGUACUGGUUUAUCCUGACUGCAGAGUCCCUGUCCUGGUACAAAGACGAGGAGGAGAAAGAAAAGAAGUACAUGCUGCCCCUCGAUAACCUGAAGCUCCGAGAUGUGGAGAAAGGCUUUAUGUCCACGAAGCACGUCUUUGCAAUCUUCAACACCGAACAGAGAAACGUCUACAAGGAUCUUCGCCAAGUUGAACUGGCAUGUGAUUCUCAAGAGGAUGUGGACAGCUGGAAAGCCUCUUUCCUCAGGGCUGGAGUUUAUCCGGAGAAGGACCAGACGGACAAUGAUGACGCUGCCCCUGCAGACACAUUCUCUAUGGACCCUCAGUUGGAGCGACAGGUGGAAACCAUCCGUAACCUGGUGGAUUCGUACAUCGGCAUCAUCAAUAAAUCCACCAGAGACCUUGUGCCCAAAACCAUCAUGCAUCUUAUGAUCAACAGCAUAAGGACCCAAGAUCCGCUUUUCUCUAACAGGACUUCAAAAGAGGGGUUUGAGCAGUAUGAUGAUGGCUACAAUAGCCCCACCCCUCAGCGCAGACCCCCCCCAGCAGCCGCCCCGGCCCCCAGCCGCCCGCACGCUGCACGUGGCCCCACCCAGGGACAACCCAUGAACCCUUCCCCUGCCUUCGGAGUGCCGCUCAACCCCUCUCCCGCCUUCGGAGCUCCACCCAUCCCCUCGCGCCCGGGCCCACCCAUCAACGCUUUCAACAGCCACCAGGACCCCUUCAGCGCACCCCCACAGAUCCCCUCCCGGCCCGCCCGCGUCCCACCUGGUGUACCUAGCCGAAGACCUCCCGGGGCUCCUUCUCACCGGCCCACCAUUAUCCGCCCUGCUGAGCCCUCCCUGCUAGACUAGAGCUGUGGCCAAGUGUGUGUUUGUGUGUGGGUGUGUGAAUUUGCACACUGAAGGGCGGGGGCUCGAGGGGAGGGGCUGACUCAUAGCGGUGCAUAAUGUGUGUCGUCAAGCCGUGCAAAUAUGUCUCUUCAAGCAAUGUAAAAAAGCUGCUAAUACCAUCUUUAUCAGUGCACAUGAAAGACAGAAAUCCCUUUACCACUUGAAUAUUACUUUUGACUGCUGUGGAAAUAGUGUUAAAUGAAACCCAGCUGACCUGUGGGAUGCAUUUAGCUUUAGUAGUUAGGAGAUGAUGUAUCAAAUUCAACUUCAGAGCUUAUUUUUACUACAAUAACUGGUUUAUUUCUUCUGACGAGGUUCCCAGCAGAAGCUCAUUAAGUAACUUAUUAACUGUUAAACGCUGGCUUUCUUCUCCCCUCCCUCAGCAUUUUAGAUUGGAAACGCCUAUCUCUAGAUCUCUGUGUAUUAUUCACAUUAACCUGUUGUUAAUGUUGGACUGGGUUUUCAUUCCCUAACUGAUUCCUACUGAAAACAAGUUUAUUUUCACUGUUGUUAUUUUGGUGGUGCAGAUUGCAUUUCCCCUUCGCCUCUUUUGUUAUUAUAUUUGAGUGACGUUUUUAUGACCAUCAGAAAAGUAGCUUUAAAAAAAUGAAAUCACAGAAAAGCAAAGCAUGAAAUGGGGCCGGGUUGUGUGAGAGUAGCUUCAGCCCCCCCCCCUCUGUGAUUUACUUCCACAAUGAAAAGAUGUCAGAUUGACCGUUAUAAUCCAAGCACUUCUAGCCAUGUAGCCUUACAACAAACCUCUCAUUACAGGAUGUUGUAGUCCGUUACCAGAACACUAUGCACGGAAACGCAGGAGAGAGACGUACAGGCUGAAGGCCGUCUGCACUUUGUGAGAUGCUUUUCUCUCCAGUAAUUCUACCUUUUUAAAGCCUUGAAUUAUAAUCCCUUUAAAUCUCAGUUGAACCCCCAAUGAGACCUUCAGCCUUCAGGGUAGACUUUGUUCAUUCCUGGAUUAACUGAUUUAUAUAGAGCAGAGCACACAGAACAGCUUCCUCUCAGAGAGGAUCAAACUCAGAGAAGCGGUGGGGUGUGUAGUACCAGGACGUGAUUUAGAGAAUAAAGAUGGUAUUAAGCAUUUAGGGGCUGGCACAUCUCUUUCCGGGCUUAGCUGUCAAGAACAUUUAUUAUUGCGAUCAGUUCUGCUUCCAUGCAUUAAAGCAUUGUAUAUAGCUGGCCUAUACUGGGGAGUUAGCACUUGUAUUUCAUUUAAUCGCAGAGCUGAUAACAAAAACAUGCUUGUAAUUCUUAUCAAAUCCCAAACUGUUAAAAUGCAACUGUAGUGCUUUAAAGGAAGCACUAAUAAAUUAGGCAUGGCUGUUGGUAAAAAGAGAUCUGUCAUCUCCUGAUGCAUUAUUUAUAACCUGGGCAUUGUCUUUUUAAUUUGAUGUUUUUAGUUGCAAUUGUAUCAGCUCUGCACAACUCGGCUCCCCAGCUUCUCCUGGUCUUUUAUUCAGGGUUCUGCUACAGGGAUUAGCUGUGUAAAUGCGUUGUAUGUGGGGUGGGGUGGGGGCACCUGGGGUUGGACACACAGCUGCGAUUAUUUGCGAAUGAAUUAUCUAUUAAUUGCAUUUUGAGUUUUUGAUCCUUUUAAAAACAAAUGUAGGUGGUCAAGCUGGGAGUGACGUUGGGCUACUAGGAUGUUUUCUGUUUUAGGUCUGAUCAGUAGUAGUGGUGGUGGUGGUGGGAGUUCUGGAGAAUGAGGGCACACUCUGUCGACAGAAGCUAUAGCUAUCCAACCUAACCUAACAUGACAUCAAAACUGUAAAUUGAAUCCUAAAUAUAGACCCUGAGACAGAGUGUGCUUUUUCUUCCUCCUGUAUUUCUUGACAGGUCUGGCUUUCAGUGACAGUGCCCAAAGGAUGAAAACAGGCUUGUAAAACAGACCAAAAUCUAUAAAUUGAAAACUCUUCACAUGACAUCUUCCAAAAAAAAAACACUUAGUUCAUGUGAUAAAACUUCCUAUUGGCCAAAGUCUGUUGAAGCCCCCUUUGUGCCUGUCACAUCAGCCUGCCCUUGGGAAGCCCAGACUGUAAUGCCCUGUAAUACAUCAGGGUGUAGUAAUACGGCCUUCCUUCCCAAUGGAUGUGCCCUGCCUCCCUUUUCCUCCCCCCUCCCCCUGUCUGUAUCUGGUGGAAGGGGAUGGAAACCAACCUGUACAAAUCUCCUGUUUCUUUUUGUUUUGCAAACCCUUGUCAAGUGCCUCUGUAGCAAUUAAUUGAUUUGAAUAAACAUGAACUGAUUUUAGGAUGCAGAGUCAAUAAAGAGGUGUUGUGUACAAUAAAGGGACUGGCUCUGG